AUGACCACACUCACCCCCACCGUGAAGUCCAUCGUUCGAGCCCUGCGGGCCACAACGUCCACUCCUCGAGAGGUGGCCGUGGCUUUGCAUGACUAUGUCCGUGACGAGAUUGCGUUUGGUUUUACCAAUCGGUUUGACCUUGUUCCCGUUGAAACCACCUUGCAACUUGGGCGCGGGCACUGCACUCCCAAAGCCAACCUCUUUGUGCAUUUGUUCCGAGAGGCCGGAUUCCACGAUGCCACCGUAGUUGCCGUGCCCAUUCCCAAUACCGUCUUUGACAAGAUGGGCGGGAAGUUUCCGCCACAAGUGCAUCAUUGCUUUACCCAAGUCACGGUGGAGGGCAAGAAGUGUCGUGUGGAUUCCUACGUGACGGAUCGAGCGCUGUUCGAAAAGGCUCGCGCACAAUUAGAUCGAACAGAACAUGCCGACAUGAAACUUGGAUUUUGCAUUCAUCGUCAAGGAACCUGCGAAUGGGACGGAGCCAGUGACGCUUUCUCCCAGUACGUGGAUCAGACACCCAAGCUGGAACGACGAUAUUCCUCUACUGCAGAGCUUGUGGCCGACAAGGAUUACUAUCUGCAUUCCAAUGUUGCACCCAUUCUCAAUUUGCCCCUGCUGGGAAGGGUUUUUGGAUCGUUGACCGUCGAAAGCAACAAUGGACCAGUGCAUAACCUGCGACAAACAACAGUGUAG